GGAGGAAACGUGUCAGGGGGGUGAUUGGGGUCCCAUUACCGCUUCAGGGCAGGGCUUUUGCGGCUGCAUUGGAAGACAGACAGUGGAGACACCACCAUCGACAGCGAGCCCAACACCGAGGAACCUCGAGAUUAAAAUUUCCGCAUACAAAUAAUGGCUGACGCAGCACGCGGACGCGGUGGAUUCGGACGCGGAAGGGGCGACCGAGGCAGAGGUCGUCGCGGGCCCCGCAGAGGAGGCCGCAAGGAUGAGGAGAAGGAGUGGGUCCCUGUUACUAAACUUGGCCGUCUCGUUAAGGACGGCAAAAUCAAAUCCAUGGAGGAGAUUUACCUCUUCUCCCUUCCUGUCAAGGAAUUCCAGAUCGUCGACUUCUUCCUACCCAAGCUCAAGGAUGAGGUUAUGAAGAUUAUGCCCGUGCAGAAGCAGACCCGUGCCGGUCAGCGUACCCGCUUCAAGGCUUUCGUUGCCAUCGGUGACUCUGACGGACAUGUUGGAUUGGGCGUGAAGUGCGCGAAAGAAGUUGCAACUGCCAUUCGAGGUGCUAUCAUCCUCGCCAAACUCUCCGUCAUUCCCGUGCGAAGAGGUUACUGGGGUGCAGCCCUUGGUGAGCCCCACACUGUGCCAUCAAAGGUCAGCGGAAAGGUCGGCUCCGUCAUGUGCCGAUUAAUCCCUGCUCCUCGUGGUACUGGUAUCGUCGCUGCUCCUGCAUCAAAGCGUCUGCUUCAGCUUGCUGGUGUCGAGGAUUGCUACACGCAGUCGAAGGGCUCGACUGCAACGAUGGGCAAUUUCUUGAAGGCCACUUUUGCUGCCAUUACGAAAACUUACGCGUUCCUCACUCCUGACCUAUGGCGCGAGAUUCCUGUAUCAAAAGUGCCUUAUGACGAGCACAGUGCUCACCUACAGCUUACAGCAAGCAAGAAGGCAUACUAGAUGUAGGGUCAACACAGUUUCUAUCAUGUAUCUCUGAAAAUCAUGCCCAUGCUUUUGCCCGAAUGAGAGAUGAUCUUGUAAAAGGGCCGGGACACAACGCCGACCCUCGGGGCCACGGCAUCGGUGGAACAAGAAACGAUUUUAAUUGGCUGACUAGAUAUAGUAAGAACGUUCACUUAUGUAAGCACCCCCCACUGGAUUGAAGAAAAAUUCGAGCCUAGUACUAGUUGUAGCUGGAUCUGUGCUUGGUAUUUAAGCAAGAGAUAUCAUAGGUGACCGGUGACCUGCAGUGGUAUGCACAAU